CAGCACUGCUGGCUACACUGGUUCAAGAAGUGUACAGAGUCAGUACUGUAAAGUGGAUCUCGUUUACCAGAAGUCUCUCUCCACUCCCUCUCCAAUUUCCAAGAUAUAUUUUUCUUGGAGCAUAGAUAUGUCAGAAAUAGACUGCGCGUUUCCUAUUUUCUCUGUGGAAACCUCAGACAAAGAUAGAUGCUUUCACUCGUGUCUCUAUUCUUGUUUAGUGACGCGGUGAUUGGCGGACAAGAAACGUAGUAGGAAUGAGAAAUAGCGUAGUGGGGGUGAUAGUGGCCAAUUGUAGCGUUAUCCGAGUUGUCUCUCGAGUGACAACUCGAAUGAGGAAUUCCCACUCCAGAUGUUGAAAAAUAGAGACAGAGACAAGAGUGAAAGCAUCUGUCCCGCUCUGAAGUUUGACUAUAGAGCUUAUACUCAUGGAGAGGCCCUGCGACCGCAAAGGAGGAUCGACAAAGAGGGAUAUAUUUUUCUGUUUCAACUGUGGCCACUUCUUAUAGAAGAGAAUAACAGAGAACACGGAGUGGGAGAGCCACAGUUGAGAUAAAAUAUAUUGAAAUAUAUCUCUCUUUGUCGAUCCUCCCAGCGGAGUCCUCUCUAUGGUUAGCAUAUAGGCAGGGCCUCUCCAUGAGUAUAAAAGCUCUAUGGGUCUGACUCACUUCCCCUCUCACACAAGCAGUCUAUUUCUUGUACGCUAUGCUUGGAGCAGCUUGGAGCCGUGCGAGCUUAGAAUGACGUAUGGACUAACUUGAAUCGGUCCAUAUAUGCACCAAACCUUGGAGUGGGUGCAAUAUGAUGCACUUGGAUUUGGAUGCAGCUCUGCGUAAACUUGCUGCUGUUAUACACAUCCCUUCCACUGCUUCAGCAUGCUCAAGCACGCUGUAAGAGCCAAAACUGAAACACUGCUCUUGUGUAUGAGAGCUUCGAGGAGAUCAGAUAUACAUUGUGCAACAAAUGUAGUUUAAAUAAACUGAACAACAGUGGAAAGGGAAAGGUUUCACGUGAAGUUAGUACAUGAUCGAUUAUCCACGUGGUUUUAUGAUCAUUCGGAACGCAAAGACUGAACUAAGGUGAACAGAUUAAAUUAUUGAGAUCGUAUUGGUGGUUUACGCAAACCCAUGCAAACCUUGCGUGAAAAUGGCCGAUCCGAACUUACGGUUGUUUUCCACAAAGAGUCUUUACGAAUUGUGUGUGUCUGCUGUAGUUGCUAGAUUCCGUGAUUAUAAAUUACAUCUCACUGACUUGCCCAAGAACGUACGAUUUGAUCUCUACUAUCAGUUAUACAAAGAUAAGAAAAUAUGUAUGCUAGGAUCGGAAUUGUCUUGUUUAGAGACUUUCUCCAAAAUGCUCAAAGUCACCAAUCGUCGAAUACAUCUCCUGCAAAUUUUUCAGGCUCCAAUAAAUCAUGGAAUAAAAGUAGAACAAAAUUUGGCUUUCAAAUACGUUAUGUAUUCUUUAGACGAAAGAGAGAAUCCUGCCGUACAGGAUAAAAUUAUAAAUCUAGGUCUCCGACUUGGCGCAUUUCUCAGUGAUGCAGGAUGGUACGCAGAAAGUGAACAAGUAUUGUUUGCUUGCAAGGAAUUGUGUAUUGCCAACAAUCAGACUCCUGAGAAUUGGUUUAGAACCUUGGAUUGUUGUCACAAGCUGUUACAUGCACAAGCGUCAUUUUGUGCUUUUGAUGGAGCUGCAGAAACUCAUAGGCUUGCUAUAGAAAUGAUAGAUAAAUUAAAACACACACAAUAUAGUGCUUGCAACCAUGCUGCACUCUUUGCAGAGUUUAGUGUACUAUUCUUUAUUCGUAGUGAAUACGACGAAGCUUACAGGUGGAGUAUAGAAGCGUUAAGUCAUUUGAAACCAUCUCUUCCUGCGCGAGUUAUCAUCGAUGUUUUAAGACAAGCAGCAAAAUCGUGCGUGGUGAAACGUGAAUUUCAGAAAGCCGGUUUAUUGAUAAGAGAAGCUGUUUAUCUUACGAGAGAAAUAUUUGAUAUAGAUCAUCCAAAAUACAGUGACGUUCUUAUCGAUUAUGGAUUUUACUUACUGAAUUAUGAUAGCAUCAUCAAUAGCGUAUCCGUUUACAAGGUUGCAUUAGAUAUAAGGAAAGAAAUUUUUGGAAAGACUAAUCUACAUGUCGCUUUGGCACACGAAGACUUAGCAUAUGCUCUCUAUGUAUAUGAAUAUAGUUCUGGCAGAUUUAUUGAAGCAAGUCAAAAUGCUGGAACAGCUAUAGAAAUUAUGGAGAAACUGUUACCUCAAAAUCACUUAAUGCUCGCGAGCGCUAAAAGAGUCCAAGCCCUUAUUCUUGAAGAGAUAGCUAUAGAUUCAGCAUCUGCUCCGAAUGCUCCGAUGCCUGUACAACAAUUGUUAGAUAAGUCUGAAAUUCUUCAUUUAUCCGCCUUGGAAUUGGCAAGAACUGCGUUUGGCGAGAGAAAUGUACAGACGGCAAAACACUACGGAAAUUUAGGACGGUUAUAUCAGAGCAUGAAAAAAUUUCAGGAAGCAGAAGAGAUGCAUCUAAAAGCUAUACGAAUAAAAGAAGACUUAUUAGGACCAGAGGAUUAUGAAGUGGGUUUAAGUAUAGGGCAUUUAGCUUCAUUAUACAAUUUUCAUAUGAAGCGAUAUAGAGACGCCGAACAACUUUAUUACCGUAGCAUCGCAAUCAGUUUAAAGUUAUUUGGAAAAAGCUACAGUGGUUUAGAAUACGAUUAUCGAGGACUUUUACAUGUAUAUGCUAAAUUAGAAGACAAUGAGAAAUAUCUUGAAUACACAAAUACAUUAGACAAUUGGAAAGAACUUCGAGACAGACAUGUUGAAUCCGAAGAUCCACCGAUUGAUUUACAAAAACGUCCACAGCCAAUUGAACACAUAAUCAAUAUGUUCUUUAAUAUGUGAUACACCAAGAAGCAUGUCUAAUUUGUACGAAAGUUACUCAUCUGCCUCACAUGAAAACUAUAAAGAAAGAUAAUUAAGGGGUCAAGCCAAAGUGAUCGAAAAAGUUUAUUAUUGUUUAUUUUUCGAACUUAUAUAACCAAAUUGACGUUAUUUCAUUGAUAUAUUUAUAUUGCAUUUUGACAAAAAAAAAAAAAAACCAUUUUUUUAAAGAAAAAUCUAAAAAAUGACAAAGUUAUUUAGAAUUGUCUGAAGUUUUAUGAUAAUAACUCGCAUCUGCGGUGAGAAUUGUGCUAAUUAAAAGUUUAUACUUCUCUGGUAAAAUGACAAAAUUUAAGGAAAAAAGAUUUUUGUUAUUGCAAUAGCAUAGAAUACUAAAAAUAUUAACAAACCUAUAUGCAGUUUUCUCAGUUUUGGGUCUCUUAUAGCAUGCUAAAGCGAUGGAAAGAAUGCGCACUACAGCAGUUACGAGUUCUAACUGCGUGAACUGCAUGAACGCUGUUGUGCGCAUCUCUUCCACCGUUUCAGCAUGCUGUAAGAAAGCCAAAACUGAGAACACUGCGCAUGUCGAAGCACAAAAUUUGGUAUCCGUGAUACUUGAAUACAAAAUAUCUAGUGUGUCUCGUCGCUUUGAAAAAAAUGUUUUGAGAAACGUGUGAUUAGAAUUCAGCACUACACAUAACUUUUUCAUUUUUUUGUAUUUUUAUAAAUGUUAACUGCCACGCCGAUUCUUACGAAUUGACGCUAGACUUCGUUUAUUCUGCACCAAUUCCCACAAACCGGUGAUAGACUUUUGCUUGAAUAUCUUUAGGUUUUAAGAAAUCGUGUCCACAAGAAGUUAAGACUCAUACUUUUGGUUAAAACAAAAAGUCAACGACGGUUCACGGGAACCGGCAUGGCAGCGUGUUAUGCAACACUCUUGGAACAUUUUUCACAGUUACAGUUAUGAUAAUAUAAAAAAAAAGUUGAUUUUUCGAAAAUUUGACCUUGACUUAACCCCUGCAUUACACUAGACAACCACUGAAUCUCUCCGCAAAGGAAAAUUCUUCUAUAUACACCGGUUCAUAUUCGUAAUGUAUCUUACACAAUUAUUUCAUCAGUACCAUUCAGCUGAGUAGUCGGUGGUUAAAAGAACGAUGUAUAAAAAAGAAAUUUCGCGAUGUGAUUUAGUGACGAUCAGUGCUACAUACAAUCAGAAAUUUCGGAAAAUAAUUUAGUAAGUCUCAUUCCAACUUUAAGUCGUAAAACGAAACCAUCGAACAGGUUGCUGAUCUUGAUUACAUUCAGAGAAUAUUGGGCCAAAAUAAUAACAUAUAAAUCUCACAUCAGAGAUUUUGGUAAUUAUGCAGUUUAGCGUCUUUUCUCCAUUUUGGCUAUUGUAACUCGGUUUUUUUUUUAAAGGUUUUGUUUGGUCAGUGUAAUGAGGAAUCAGUCGGGGGAGCUCGAAAAACUUAUGUACUUCUCCUUUUUUUUUUUACAAAAGAAUGGGGGGGAGAGGGGCGAAACUAAACUGCAUAAUUACCGAGAUUUUUUAAUCACAAUUUGGUACGUAUGAUUAAACGAGAGUCAUUCCUGUGUUCUACAGUUAAAAAAAAUUUAUUAAUAAAAUAGUUGUGAGUUGCAUGAUUAAGGCUUUUGACGUCUUAAGGCUGUAGUAAGUACUCAGGAGCCUUAAUAUGUUAUAUACGUCUUGUGUAGUUAUUUUGUAACGCAAAUUGACUACAUGCGUAAUGUGCAAUUACAUAUGGUACAUAUUAUUUUUGGGAAAAAAAUUUAUUAAAUUCAAACAAUAACUGUACCUUAUCCGGAAAACGAUGUUUAGGCCUACUCGAGGCUUGUGAUCCAGGAAAAAGUAAAACAAUUGUUGAAACUUGUAAUUUAUUUUUGAAAAAAAGUGAAAGAAAUAGGAAAUGUCUGUGACAUUGUGUAAAACUUAUGUUUUAGUUUAAGUUCAAACUUGUAUUGAAUUAAAUUUGAUAUUUAUCUGUUUUCAUAUUUUGGGGAGUUUUGCGUCACAAAAUAUGUUUUUAAAUAUAUACCCUCCUCAGUAUUUCCGUAACCUGUAAGUUACAUAAAUUCGUGAUUUUUUUCCAAGUUUUAGCCAGUUUUGCACACCGACAUAGCAUGCUGCAUAUAGAGUGUCCGAUAAUAACCGUAUCACUUGUGGAUAGUUAAAGCAAGUUGUAUUAAGUCAAAAAUUUCUUUACUACUUUGCGAGUUUCGCAAUAAUUAAAUGAGUUAUUAAUAAUUUGUAAAAAUCCGCGAAUGAAACGUGCAUCCAUCGUAAAGACAGCCCGAGUGUUUUUUGUGCUUUGCGGGAAAAGUUUGGUUUUUAAUCAAAAUCAAUAAAAUAAAUUUGAUAUUUAUGAUCUGAAAAAACUACAGUUUUCUGUAAAUCGAUUAUUUAUAGUAACUAUUAUUUAUAUAAAGCUAUUCUCUUAUUGUUACGCGUUUAGCAAUCGUGAGCGCGCAAAAUGCUGUCUGUUUAGGCGCUCAAUGGCGGAUCUUUGUUUACGCGACCAGCAGUGUUCUCAGUUUUGGCUUUCCGGCAAAGUAGUUCUACGUUACUUUGAAAUCUAUGUUUAUUUGUUUAAUGAACACAUAGUGUAUGACGAAGCAUAAUAUUUUGUAUAUUUACACUCAUUUAAAUAGCAGAAUCUUGCGGUCUUCAGAUAAUGUUUCACUCUAAAAUCGUUGGUUGCAAAUGUGUUAACAAUUUAUUGAUUAUUGCGAAACUCGCAAAAUAAUAAAGAACUUUUUGACUUGGUACAACGCGCUCUAUUUAUCCACAAGAAGCGAUGUGGUUAUUAUAUCGAACAUCCUGUAUAAUAAGGCUUAAUGUAUAUAUAUGCUAUUCUAAGAGAAUCUAAGUAGAUCUAAGAAUAGCAUAUGUACCGAGACUGUCUGGGACAGUAGCCAAUCCUUAAAAUAUCAUUUUUGUAUUAUAUUCUUAUUUAAUUCUUAUUUUGUAUUAUAAAUCUUAUUAUAAAUUUUUUUGUAAUAUAAAUGUAAAGACUACAUUAAAACAAACUUCCUGAUUAAAAACUACGAAUAAGUUCUUUGUCUAUAUAUAUUUGUAGUGUAUUUUUACAUGACUUUUUCCAACCCAGAAAAAAAUUGCAAAAUGUUGAAAAAAAUUUCACUACUUUUAGGUCUGAGGAGGAUACAUAAACUAUAAAACAUUUGCUACAGGUUAAUAAUUUUAAUUUUUUUAAAUAGAUCAGAUUUCUUAUCUACAUUUUAUUUUUCCUAGUAUGGAUUAUUUACCGAAAGCAUUUGUAAUUUGUUCUAAUUUAUCUAUUAUUCAGUUUUAUAAACUUUGAAUACGUAUAAUUUUUUGUGUAUAAUUUUUUAAAGCACACAAACAAUCAUCAACAUACAAAUCAGAAUGAAUGUGUGUGAUAACAUCAUGUAUAAAUAAUUAAGAUAGAUAGUAAAGCUUUUAAAAUUCGAAUGAAUAACCAUGUAGUUUGAAGUGUUGCUUUCAUCAGUUUGUAAAGCGUGACUUUGUUAUCUUAAAUUUAAAAAUAUAUUUUGUUUCAUAUUUUAUAUAAAGUUUUUUUUUUUGUAUUGAUCACACACACAUACAUACGUUUCGUUCCUAAAUAUAACAAAUAUAGACAAUUGAAAGCUGUGGAUGCGCGCUUGCUUUUUGCUUUCAUAUCACAUACCAUACUAAAGACACAUCUUCAGAUAAACCUUAAAAUUUGCGCCAAUUAUUAAUUUGUAUUAUACUUAAGUUCUGAGAAUUUUAUUAGGCACAUUAGAUAUAUAUGUCGAGCAAUGGUGUAUCCGUUAAUAUUGUAAAGUUUGUAUAAUUAAGGUUAGUACAAUCAAGGAGUAAUAAAUUUAAGUAAUAAUCGCUUAGAUCUUAUUAUAUUUUAUCUUUCAUUUAAUU